UGCCCAGACCUUCCCUGGGCUCUGUGGGUUUUGACACCUCUCUGCAACCUGGCAGGGGACCACCUCACACCUUUAGUUCAGAUAAAAGCUAGGACCUGGAGGUGACCGGUCCAGAUUCCCAGAGUCACACAGUCAUGGCCCAGUCGCCACAACCUCAGAGCCUCCAGGGCCUCGACCACUGGGUCUUCUCCCAGGGCUGGGGCUGGGCCCGGCACUCCGACUCCACGUCUCCGGCCUCUUCCUCAGAUUCGUCCGGUUCAUGUCCUUGCUACGCCACCCGCCCGCCCUCACAGUCCACGGGCCCGGCCCGCAGCGCACGCAAUACCCAAGUCGCCCCGAAUGCUCCCCGACGAGCACGACCGGCGCCCGCAGGAGGACAGCGGCAGAGCGCCAGCGAGCGCGAGAAGCUGCGCAUGCGCACACUCGCCCGCGCGCUGCAAGAACUGCGCCGCUUCCUGCCGCCGUCGGUGGCACCUGCCGGCCAGAGCCUGACCAAGAUCGAGACGCUGCGUCUGGCCAUCCGCUACAUCGGCCACCUGUCGGCCCUCCUGGGCCUCAGCGAGGACAGUCUGCGGCGCAGGCGCCGACGGAGUGCGGACGCCGCCUUCUCUCACCGAUGCCCUCAGUGCCCUGAUGACAGCAGCCCUUCGCAGGCUCAGAUGCUCGGUCCUAGCUUGGGAUCAGACAUCAGUAGUGGGCUGUCCUGGGGGUGCCCUCCUGCUUGUCCUGGACCCAUAAUCUCACCUGAAAACCUUGGGAGCAGAAUCUCCAACGUGGAUCCCUGGGUAACACCUCCUUACUGUUCCCAAAUACAGUCACCCUUACAUCAGUCCCUAGAGAGAGCCGCUGACACCUCUCACUGGGCACCACCCCACGCAUGUCCUGGCAUGCAGAUAUCCCCAGAGCCUAGGAACAAGACUGGGCACUGGACAGCAUCCACUGAACCUGCAGAGCUGACUAAGGUGUACCAGAGUCUUUCUGUGUCUCCAGAACCUUGCCUGGCCCUGGGAAGCCCACCUCUCCUGCCCCGUCCAUCAUGCCAGAGACUACAGCCUCAACCUCAGUGGGGCUGCUGGGACCACAGUGCAGAGGCACUCUCCAGCUCAGAGGACCAGGGUUCCAGCCCUGCCCUCCAGCUUCCUGUGACCAGUCCCACCCCCAGCUCAGGCCUGCAGUUCAGUGGCUGUCCUGAACUUUGGCAGGAAGACCUGGAAGGACCCCCACUGAACAUCUUCUACUAAUAUGGCCUUGCCUGCACCCUGUCGGUGUGGAGUUGGGCUGCCUUGGAAGUGCCUUUAUGGGCCUCGUCUGUGACAUUUUAAGCUUUCCUUAGCCAUGGAUCUCCUUUCCCAGAUGAUGUCUUUCUUGGAAACUGUUUGGGACAAAUAAACAAUGGGUGGGUACCUUCCCUGGCUGGAGCAGGCUGUGACAAAACCUACUUCUAGGUCUCUUCUAGAGCAGUGCUUCUCAACUUUGCUAACGCUGUGACCCUUUAAUACAGUUCCUCAUGUUGUGGUGACCCCCCCAACCAUAAAAUUUUAUUUUUGCUGCUUCAUAACUGUAAUUUUGUUGCUGUUAUGAAUCAUAAUGUAAAUAUCUGUGUUUUCUGAUGGUUUUAGAUGGCCCCUGUGAAAGGGUCAUUCAACACCCUCCCCCCCUACCCUUCAAGGGUCACAACCUACAGGCUGAGAACCACUGUUCUAAAAGCUCAGAGCUCUGCAGAGCAUAGUCUGAGCUGCCCUGAGAAUGGGGCAGCCUGAGUGUAGAGGACAGAGCAGGUCCAUACCCUGCUUGCUGGUGACAGCUGCCCAGAAUCUUGUAUACUGGUUCUAUAAUUGUUUUAUAAUUAAAAAAAGG